CGAAGAGCGAGCGCCUCGAUUUUUGAGUUCCAUUCUUCCCGUCGGUCGCCUGGAUCGGCGGCGCUGGCGAGAUUUUGGAGCUGCCGAGGUCAGUUUCUUGCCUUCCCUUGAUCAAUCGAUCAAUCGAUCCAAGGCGAGGGCUUUCGCCGCGGCUUUGGCAGGCGGGGCAUUUCUGGCUGUGGGAAUCGCCGGGGCGAUGGCGCAGGAGGAUUCGUGCUGCGUAAUCUGCGACGCGGCCAAAUGCGAUGUGUAUUUCAGUCCCUGCUCGCAUCGGGCUUGCAAGGACUGCGUACAAAGGAUUCGAAUAGCAAAUGUAUAUAAGGCUGAUAAGGGUGUUAAGUGUCCAUUUUGCCGGCAAACGAUCGAAGGGUACCUCGACGCUCCACCAACAAAGAAUGAAACAGUAAAUUUUCCAACAAAGGUAGAGUGUAGACCUUUACCCGAAGAAAAUAUUUUUGGGAGGAGGGGAAACAUGUCGAUCGGCAGAGGAAAUGACUACAUUCCUUGCCGAGCCGCGACUGGUGGGCUGAAGAUGGUGUUUAAAGUUGCCGAAGUUCCUCCUGGGUAUGUGAUACCUCCUCUCCGGCCAGACGCAGACAUCCAUGCUAUGGCGUUUGAUAAGAGAGCUAUCAAUCUAGUUUUUAUGCUGCGGGAAGACUAUUCUAAACGGCAUAAAGUGGCAAAGACUUGUCGGGAUGUGCUUACUCCUUUUGCUUUGAGGCUAGCACUGCAUGGAUCAGCAAAUUAUGUGCUUCAGGGCAUGCUAGAUUAUGCAGCAGCAUUUCGUGACGACGCGACAAAUGGAGAAUCAUUUUUUACUGCACUUGUUCGGUCGCUAUGCCGGAAGAAUGGAUUUGUUAAAGCUGCUCAUGAUCCCCGUGGGACUUUCUCUGUACAGAAAAUGCUUUCGUUAGUGCAAGGUUCUGAAGAGCUUAGGUUAGUAAUGAAGGGCAUCACUGGAUCAGUGGCGGCUAUGUCUCUACACCAAUCUGGAGCAUAUGUCAUCCAAUGGUUGGCUGAGAGAUUGAUAUCAUCGCUUAGGUGUCCUGGUCCACAACCUCGUUUUCCUGAAGAUGAAGCUGUGAAAAGUUUAGCGCAUUUAGCUAUCGAGAUGACAACGAAUGCUGAUAUUUUAAACAUUGGAGUCCAUCCGGUAACUGGACCACUCCUUGUUGAAAUUAUUCGGUGGUCAUUACCCGACGAUCGAUCAAUGAAAGCGGCUGUGAUUGUAGCCCGUCAUGCUAAAAAACUUACAGGUUUAGAAAAUGGUCAUAGAAUCCUUCAAGGCAUAUUAAGCGUAGAAGUUAAAGAAGUAGCAGAAGAACUAAUCAAGAAUCUGGAAGGAAAAUACCCUGAUAUGUUAAUGGAUUCUAUAUCAUGGAAAUUAGUUCAAGCGUGCCUAGCUACUCGUUGCGUUGACGAGAGCAGCCGUCUAUUAAUCAUUGACGAACUUUUAGAUUCUCUUGACAGCGCUUCCGAGAUUACUGAUACGCAUCAUGGCUGUAAGGUUUUGGUAUUUGGAUUGGCAACUUUGACUCAAAGCUCUUUGGAGGAUCGUCUUCAAGUUCUCAAAUCAAGAGUUUACUCCAGAAAGUUCGAGAGCCUAUACGACGGUGUGGAAGGCAUGAGAUGGUCCUUGUUUGAGUCAGAAGCAACAGACGAUGAGACAUCACCACGGAUCAGCCAGGGUCUUUCAGAAGACUCAGUAUGUGCAGUUUCUAUGGACGUGGACGGGGAUUAUGAGGAGCAGGAACAGGCCGAGAGCGUAACUUCCGAUUCUUCUUCACCUUCGCCUUGUCAGGGAGUUGCGGUUCAGCCCAGAGUUCCUUCACCAUCUAUGAAAACAUACCAAGCCGAGAAUUUUAGUCAUCGUACUGAUGAGCCGCUUCUACCGCUUCCUUCUCUUCCAACGGUGAAGCCCGGUACGUAUGCGCCUCCUCACGUUCGCCAGGCAUUAGCACUAGCGAAUACAUCUUGUCGAGUAGCAUCAGCGAUAGAUCAACCAGUCUCUAGAACAGGAACUCCUCCCACAGGUGGUAGUAGCCUGGGAGCUAUUGGGAGCCAACGAGAAAAUUCUCUUGCGCGAUCAAGCUGCGUCGUCUGCUCGAGUCGGAAUGCCAGCACAGUGUUUCUGGAUUGUUCGCAUAUGUGCUGCUGUCUCUCCUGUGCAUACUCCAGGAGUUCGUGCCCGGUAUGCGCGAUGCCAAUCCGCCAGGUGAUCAAGGUGGAGUCUUCCACAGCAGCUACUACAAGUUCAUCGCAAGUUUCCUCGUCAUGCAAGAGUCCGACUGUGUAUCCGUCUGCAAGCGAUCUUUUGCCGUCAGAUCUGUUCCAGACCAUCUCCCUCAGCUGUGACAGUCCUCCGGUUAGCAGCCAGCACUUUCUCACCGCUAGCAGCCAGCAGCAAUUCUCUCCAGUCAUUAGCAGCAGCCAGCAGCAAUCCUGUUCGAUCAUUAGCAGCAGCCAGCAGCAAUGCGUUCCGGUUAUUAGCAGCAGCCAGCAGCAGCAAUUCUCUCCAGCUAUUAGCAACCAGCAGGUCUCCUGUGCCACGUCUGGACUGGAAAGGUUUGGGAUUUCACGGUCGCUGCCAUCGACAAGCUAUCCUGGGACUGGAUACUAUGCUGCUACUCCACGCCCGGCUCCUGUGAACACCACCACCAUUUCGACGACGACAAGAGCUGUGGCUGGGCCUCGGCCGUAUAGACCGCCUGACGUUUUCAACAAUGGCAGAUUUGGAUGAAAACUCAAGUUGCGAUAAGUGUUCGUUAGCUCGUUUACAAUCAAGCGAAAACGGUCGAUGGCGAGCUUGCUUAAACCAGGUUCGCGUUCUCUAGUUU